GCUGAUUCGAAACACGUUUUUCAAGUUGGCAUUCAAUAGGUAAUCGCUGAUCUGAGUGCUCUCGACCAAUUUGCAAAUAUCUCGUCCGACAUUCCACAUUUUUUCGUUGUCCCAUGCACCAGAGAUGCGGAAAUCAUUGGCGAUACCUAUCCUGGUAGGAUCGCUGGUAAGUUGCUUGAGCUUUCUCUUCGUGAGUGCUUGCAACGAGGCCGUUUGUGGACCAGUAGUGAGCAAAUGUCUGUUGACGAAGUCUUGCAGCUGCGAUCUGAAGGACCGUGUUUGUUCGUCGGUGUGCUUCAGGUGCCUGGGGAUGCUGUAUACAGAGUGUUGUGAUUGUGUCGAAAUGUGUCCCAAGACCGAUGGAGACUUAGAACGUCUAGACAAAUCGUCCUAUGUAGAGGAUCUAGCGGACCCUGUAUCAGGUCUAUUCCAAACCAUGAUCGAAGAACCAGAUCCAGCAGGAAGAUGGACUUCCGAAAUGUUUCUUCUACAUAUCAACGUAACGAAAAAACAUACCGAUCUAGUGGAAAACCCAUCUGAAUAUGAGAUAAUGGCAGUAAACUGUUCUGUUCUUUUUUGGUCGCAAUGCAUGGGCUACAGAAAAUGCAGACAGUCUUGCAUGUCCAUAGGUUCUUCAAGCCUGAGACUCUUCCAUGGCGAGUGCUGUCAAUGCGUUGGAUCCAACUGCAUCGACUAUGGUAUCAAGGAGAGCAGGUGUACCCAAUGCCCUCUGAGAGAUGGAUCUAUCGGAUCUAUACCAUACGAUGAAAAUGACUUGAGCUAUGAUGAUGACGAAUACGACGAUGUGGAUGCUUGAAAAUGGAAGAAAAAUAGGAAGAACAGACAGUGAUUCGUACUGGUGUUGAGAGUUUCUAGUCCAAGAACAGGGAAUGAAUGGGAUAUUUUUCUAUAGAUACUAAUAAAACAAAUUAUUAGUAGAAAAGUAUUAUAAUAAACUUUCCCAUUUUUAUAAGGGAACAGUUGAGAAUUAAUUAAAUAUAAUUAUAUACAAUCGUUAUAGUAUACUUCAACAUGUUUUUACUUUAGGGCUCUUGUAAAUGGCAACUUGGUUAUCGAGAUUUCGACAUGAUGAUCACAUUUUUUUCUACCAUUGAAACAUUAAUAAUUGAAAAUACUAACUUGAAUAACAUUGAAAACUGAGUUGCCAUUUUUUUUCAGUAAAAACCUGUCAUAGUAUAUGGUGGUAAUAAUUGACAUAUCAACUAUUUUUUUUAUAUACAUGUACUAAUAUACACUCUGGAGUAUAAAACUAGUGAACAUUUAUUCAUCAUUGGGAUUUGUAAAAGUAACUUGUCGAUUAUAAGAGCUAUUACACUAUCAGGCAUUAUAUACAAGGUGUUUGAUGUAUACUUCUGAAUAAUAAUGGACAUAUAUGAUUCAUCGAUCAAAAAAUUACUGGUCUUGUACUAUACAGUUUUGAUAUCGACUUAGAACAUUCUGUAUAUCAUGUGUACCCCUAUAUUCGAGAGUUGGAAUGGGAAAAUUGUUUUUCAUAAAUCGUUUUCAAAAACAUCCACCAGAGUCCCAUAAAAAUGUUACAGAUACUACUGAAAAUAAUUCGUCUGAAGUUGAUGAGGAAUCAUUUUAAAGAGUGAAAUACGAUAGGCUUUCGAGUCAAUAUUUUAAGGUGAAGAUUUGUAUAAGCUGCAUGUACUUAACUGAUCAAUCAGAUGAAGAAAUUUGCUUUCGGCUAAUUAGCCGUUAUCAGUGCCAUAUUCGUUCAGUAUUUAUGAAAAGAUCAGAGUUUAAUCGACAACAUAAUAUGGUACAAACUGUAGUUAGAACUGACAUACAUUAAACAAAUAAGUAUCCCAAUCUGUUUUUGAAAAAUGUAAAUGAAGGAAGUAUUUGUCAGACAUCAAUAUGGUCACCUUCGGACCUGACAAAAUGUUUAUGCACGAGCGGGCUUGAAGUAGCACUUUACAGCCCGGUUUUGCGGGCGUAAAGUGGCUCUUUACCCCUACCAUUUAAUGCUACCAUUUUUGAGAUGUUUACUAUUUCAUAAACUAUGAUUUUGCGCCCCUCAAAUCUUGGCGCCCGAAGCGCUCGCUUCUCUUGCUUCCUGGUUAAUCCACCUCUGUGUAUAAUGGUCUACUCCUAAUUCAAAAUUCUUCACUGCAGCCAUGAUGUAUUUCUAUCGUUAUGGAGUGGUGAAGAGGCAAUGAAAAAUCGAAUGGCCCGCUAGUGCAUAAAAUGUUUUAUGUAUUCCGAGCGUGACUUGGUUUUAUGGACCUAUAUAGACGCUACAGUCCAUACAAGCCAAUUUUACGUCCUUGAUACGUACAUAACUAUAAUAUUAUGUAAUUUUUGGAAAACUUUUUGAAAAGCCAUUGGUCGUAUUCUACUCACUUGACGAGUAUAUAUAGCAUUGAUGAUGGCUUGAUAGUCGAAAGCGCUAUGCCAUUUAAUAAUAUGAUAUUUAUACUGAAUACAAAUUUCUUCAUUUGAUUGAAUAUUUCAAGAACCAAUCAUUUCGUUGACUAAAAUCAUAAUAAUAGAAACCAGAG